AACAAACGAAUGAAACAUUGAAAAUUUUCCCAAAAUAAACCAAACAAAUCCGCCAAACCGCUAGGCAACAAGAAGAGUGAGAAAGAGUGUAGCGAGCGAGCAUAAGUAUGAGUGAGCGAGAGAGCGCGUCAUCGAUAUAAGUUGGCUUUUUGUGUUCUUCUUCACAUAAAAAAAAAAACGAAACAAAUUGUUUACACAAAAGGAGGAGAAGGCGCCCAGUAGUAGUGUGUGUAUCAAUUUUUUUUUUGCGGCAAUAUCCACAGACACACCCUGAGAAGCAGUAGCAGUUGCCCCUCCGGCGCCCGUCGUACCGCUCUCUGCCCUCUGCCCGCCCAACAAAACGCGCGCUCCUAUAACUGACGCCCUUAGCCCUGAACCCCAUGCCAAUGCACAUGUCCAUGCCUGUUCCUGCCUGUGCGUGUUAGUGUUAGGGAAACGAAACAAGGCGACACUAUAUUGACCGCUCCUUGCAUAUGUAUAUGUACACAACUUCCUCUUCGGCUAGUCUGAAUGGCAGCUAGCAACAAUAACAACAACAACAACAACAACAACAAAAGAAAACCAUGAAAUGACUGCCCAAUCAAUGCUGUUCAAGUCGAUGAGAGUUUCCUCAAAUGCAAACAAAAAAUUAGCCAAUUUUAAUAUUUACUACGCUGGACGCAACAGUUGAAAAAGGAGUGCAAAAAACUACAAAUAAUUAAAUAUAUAUAUAGACAUAUAUAGUAGGAACACAGCCGAUCGCAUAAAUUAUAAAGGAAACAUCGAGAUAAAAAGGUCUAAACGGAAGCGCGAAAAAAACAUAAACGAUAAAUACAUAUACAUAAAUACAUCAAGAGGCAAAUGUGGAAUAUUUUUAGUUGUUACAGUAGUUGAAAGUAAAUCUCUGAGUGAUUCAUUUAUCAAAGUGCAGAGACGACAGCUGUAAGCAAUCCGGUGAAACGAACGAACAAACAAACAAAAACAACAAAUAAACAAACAAACCAAUCAAAAGAGAGAAUCAUUUUCCGCCCUCCCCCAAUUCGUCUAUACGGACGAUUAGACAUUUUUACUUAAGGAUUUUGGCAUCUACUUAAAAAGACUUGAACUUGAUUUGGUUUGGUCUAAGGAAGAAAAGACUCCAAGAAGAAGCAGAAGCGACUCAAAGGAAAGAGAAACGAACAUUUUUCGAUCCGGUGGAACGAGAUGACGAUGAUGAUGAACUCCACCACAAAGCAUCUGCUGCAUUGCACGCUGCUCAUCACUGUGAUAGUUACCUUCGAAGUAUUCUCCGGCGGUAUUAAGAUCAAUGAGAAUUCAUUUACAAUUGUCGAUCCAUGGACGGAAUAUGGGCAAUUCGCCACAGUAUUGUUAUAUCUAUUGCGUUUCCUAACGUUUCUAACGCUGCCGCAAGUCCUAUUCAAUUUCUGUGGCCUUGUCUUCUACAAUGCGUUCCCCGAGAAGGUUGUCCUCAAGGGUAGCCCCCUGCUGGCGCCCUUUAUAUGCAUACGUGUGGUGACACGCGGCGAUUUCGCCGAUCUAGUCAAAACGAACGUAUUGAGAAAUAUGAAUACGUGCCUGGACACGGGAUUGGAGAACUUCCUGAUUGAAGUGGUAACCGAUAAGGCCGUGAAUUUGGCUCAACAUCGUCGGAUACGUGAAAUAGUGGUGCCCAAGGAUUAUAAGACACGCACAGGAGCGUUAUUCAAGUCGCGAGCUCUGCAAUAUUGCCUCGAGGACAAUGUGAAUGUGUUGAAUGACAACGAUUGGAUUGUCCAUCUCGAUGAGGAGACUCUGCUGACGGAGAAUUCGGUGCGAGGCAUCAUCAAUUUUGUCCUAGACGGGAAACAUCCAUUUGGCCAGGGUCUCAUCACAUAUGCCAAUGAGAAUGUGGUCAAUUGGCUAACCACAUUGGCGGAUAGUUUUCGUGUCUCCGAUGACAUGGGUAAAUUGCGUUUGCAAUUUAAACUCUUUCACAAACCAUUGUUCAGUUGGAAGGGUAGCUAUGUGGUCACCCAGGUGGGUGCCGAACGCUCCGUUUCCUUUGACAAUGGCAUCGAUGGCUCCGUGGCCGAGGAUUGCUUCUUUGCCAUGCGGGCCUUUAGUCAGGGCUUUACAUUCAACUUUAUUGAAGGCGAAAUGUAUGAGAAGUCACCAUUCACCCUACUGGAUUUCCUGCAGCAACGCAAACGCUGGCUCCAAGGCAUCCUGCUGGUGGUGCACUCCAAAAUGAUACCAUUUAGGCAUAAACUGCUGUUGGGCAUAAGUGUUUACUCGUGGGUCACCAUGCCGCUGUCCACGUCGAACAUUAUUUUCGCCGGCCUAUAUCCGAUACCAUGCCCCAAUUUGGUGGAUUUCGUUUGCGCCUUCAUAGCGGCAGUUAACAUUUACAUGUAUGUGUUUGGUGUCAUCAAAUCCUUUUCGUUGUAUCGCUUUGGAUUGCUCAAAUUUCUGGCAUGUGUUCUGGGUGCCGUUUGUACGAUACCCGUCAAUGUGGUCAUCGAGAAUGUGGCCGUUAUAUGGGGCCUGGUGGGCAAGAAGCAUAAAUUCUAUGUUGUUCAAAAGGAUGUUCGAGUGCUCGAGACAGUCUAAAACGGAGAAAGAGAGAGUGCAGAGAGAGAGAGAGAGAGAGAGAGAGAGAGAGUGGAGUGGUCUCUCUCGACAUUAUCAUUAAUAUUAUAAUAUGUGUAUUCAUUUAUUAAUCAACUUAGAGAGAGAUGCAAAAACCAAA